CCCGCCCCGCCCGCCGGACCGGGGACCGGCGCCGCCGCCGCCGCUUCUGGGGGCGGCCGCCGGGCCGGCAGCGGGUCCGGCGCCGCCGCUUGGCCCCGCUCCCCCCUCCCCCGCGCGAGGCGGCCCCGGCCCCGCCGUCCCGCCGCCUCCCCCGCGGGGUCAGCCGGGGACAGCGCCCGCCUCCCGCCGCAGGAAGCGCCGCAGCCGCCGCGGCGCCUCCCGCGCGGCGCUCGCCUGUGGCAGCUCUGUUUGUCACUUGUGCUGCUGGCUGCGGAGUGGUGGUUAGAAGAGCGGCGCUUUUCAGGGUCCAGCGUGGCCACGUGGACUGAGGUCAAUAUUGUCGUCACCGGCAGCUUUGCGAAAUGGUUUCUAGAGAUGAGCACAAGAGAGACUCUUGACUUUCUUCUGUAUGGCUAGGUCCUGGUGAUGAUCUUUGAUCAAGCUCAUGGUAAAGUAAUACUUCAGGAAGUUAACCUAUCCUCCUGAUAAAGUGAAAGAACUGAAAAUGAAGCUCGAAUAAGCACACUCCGUGACAUGGUUUUGGCCCGCACCAACUAGCACACUCCCAGAUGACACCUAUGGCAUGAUUCAGGAGAUGGCGUGGGCGAGGGACUGUUCUCAACAGGCAUUACUGAAAAGGUGACAUUGGUGACAGAAGAAGAACAAGAAUGAUUACUUAUCCAUAACUCCCAGCAGUAUGUCAGGGUAUAUACCCAGUUACUUAGACAAGGAUGAGCUAUGUGUAGUAUGUGGGGACAAAGCCACUGGAUAUCAUUAUCGCUGCAUCACUUGUGAAGGUUGCAAGGGUUUUUUUAGAAGAACCAUUCAGAAAAACCUCCAUCCAACCUAUUCCUGUAAAUAUGAAGGAAAAUGUGUGAUAGACAAAGUAACAAGAAACCAGUGCCAGGAAUGUCGCUUCAAAAAAUGUAUCUUUGUUGGCAUGGCAACAGAUUUGGUGUUGGAUGACAGCAAGCGGUUGGCAAAGAGGAAGCUGAUAGAAGAAAAUCGCGAAAAGAGACGUCGGGAAGAGUUGCAGAAAACAAUCGGGCACAAACCAGAGCCAACAGACGAGGAAUGGGAGCUGAUCAAAAUUGUCACUGAAGCACAUGUGGCCACCAAUGCACAAGGAAGCCACUGGAAGCAGAAAAGGAAAUUUCUGCCAGAAGACAUUGGACAAGCACCAAUAGUCAAUGCCCCAGAAGGUGGGAAAGUGGAUUUAGAAGCCUUCAGCCAGUUUACAAAAAUUAUCACACCAGCGAUUACAAGAGUGGUGGAUUUUGCCAAAAAGUUGCCUAUGUUUUGUGAGCUGCCAUGUGAAGACCAGAUCAUCCUUCUGAAAGGCUGUUGUAUGGAGAUCAUGUCACUCCGUGCAGCAGUUCGCUAUGACCCUGAGAGUGAGACUUUAACACUAAAUGGGGAGAUGGCGGUGACAAGGGGCCAGCUGAAAAAUGGGGGUCUUGGAGUGGUAUCUGAUGCCAUUUUUGACCUGGGCAUGUCUCUCUCAUCAUUUAACCUGGAUGACACUGAGGUUGCCCUUCUUCAGGCUGUUCUGCUCAUGUCAUCAGAUCGCCCAGGUCUUGUCUGCGUCGAGAGGAUAGAAAAGUGCCAAGAGGGUUUCCUCCUGGCAUUUGAACACUACAUUAAUUACAGAAAACACCACGUUGCACACUUUUGGCCAAAACUGCUGAUGAAAGUGACAGACCUGCGGAUGAUCGGAGCCUGCCACGCCAGCCGCUUCCUGCACAUGAAGGUAGAAUGCCCCACCGAACUCUUCCCUCCACUCUUCCUGGAGGUGUUUGAGGAUUAGAAACUGGAGCGCUCCUGCAUCCCCAUAGCACUACUGGCUGCCAUUUCAUUCCAUCGCCCGGCUCUUCAGACAUUUGUUUGUUCUUCAUACCUUGUUCUGCUCUGUUUCUUGAGGCGGGGUUGGGUUUUCAUUUUGGGUUGCUGAGGAGCUGUUGUAUACACAUGGAUGAAAACAUCCCUUUAAUGCGGGUACUUGUGACUAUUGCAGUUUGUUCCUCGGUCCUUUGAUGUGAGUGCUUUGACAGCUUAACAGUGAAAAUACAAACGGACCAGUCUCAUUCACCAGCACUUAUGUGGUCACCAGCUCACAUGCAUCAUUGCUUGGAGAAUUUGGAAGAUAAAUUGAAGUGGCAGAAAAUAAAUUGGCCUCCAAAUUAAAAUGGCUAUUGGUAAUUUGACCCUGGCAAUUCAGUCUAGUAUUUUGCAAGGCACAAGUGACCAUUUCAUGAGAUGAAAUUUCUAGUCUUUGUGGUUGUUUCUGUUGUAGCAAUUGCCCUUAUGAUCUAGGACCUUCAUCGUCGUCAUGAUCCCAUCAUUAUCUGAGGAUUGUCCAGCAGAUAUGGUGUAACUGUGCCCCAUAAAUCAAAUAUUUAAAAAAAAACAGAGUGGUAGAAGGGACUGACUCAUUUUCUUUCUAUGUUUAUAAAAAAAGAAAGUAAUAUCCUUCAGUUCUUACUACAUUUGGGCUCCAGGUAACUUCACUGGAAGGUCUUUUGGAGUAAGGAGGGAAAUUUGAUCCUCUGAGGUGCUUUUCCUGAGAGUGGAGAGGUCUGCUUUUUCCGAGGUGUGUGGAGCACUCUGAAGGAGUAGGCUCUUUAUCAAGCUACCAGGAUUUCCUCAGAGUUAUUCAAGGAUGUGCAUCAUCACGGAAUGAUGAUAAGGAGAAUGAAACGUUGUGAUGACCUCCAGAUGGGAGAGAAACCAACUGUGUUAUUAACAAUGCUCAAGACUGGACAGCUUUAUCCCAGUAAUACAAAUAGUGUUGCUUGGCAGUAAUCUUUUGUUUUAUAUAUAUAUAAAAGUUUAUAUGCACAUAUAUAUAUAAUUUUAUAUAUAUAUAAUUACAAAUCUUCAGCAGAUGUCUUAAGCAUAUUUCCGUAUUUUUAUCUUUGCUCUGUCUCCUUCUCUCACCCUCUUCUCUGUGUGUGUGUGCAUUUAUGUGUGUUGAUCAGCUAGGUUCGCUCCCACCUUGGCAUAUGUAUGUGUUUUAUUUGGCUAGAUUCUCUCUUGAUUCCUUUAAAUAAUUUAUUUCCAUUAACUGCACUAGCAGGAACUAAACUGAGCAAUGACAGGAUGUCCUGCUGCCAAAAUCUGCGCACCAGUACUCACAAUACUGGAAUGUUUGGGCCUGUAAUGAGGGCAUUAUAGGUAGAGGUUCUUCUUCAUCAUCCAUCUCCAUUCAGGGUUGUUCUUCCCUGGAGUUUGUAAACUUGAUAUUAAACCAUUCUCUGAAUUUGUGUGAUACAUCAAAAGCAUCUUUCUGUUCUUCUUGGGAACUCAAAGACUUCGUUUGCAUAUUCCACAUUUCCUCAUAUCCCCCAUUCUGUUGUGUUCUACAUUCAUUUGUAUCUGUUUCUCUGCUAUUUAUUGAUGUAUUGCCCGGCAAGUCAGUGGGCGUGGUUAGGGUGGAUGUCUUGACUUUCAGAGCUCAUGGCCCACAUUUAAACCUUUAUGUUUUGCAUUUAUCUCCUCAUGAAAAUAUGAUACUCAGGAACUUAUCUCCUAGAUGGUACACAAUGUGUGUGGGGGGGGAGGUUAAAUUCUUUCCACCUCUGUUUCACUAUGUCAGUGACUAAAGCCUUUGGAGGGUUAUAGGCUCUGUUUUCAGGGGCGUGGAAUCUUGUUCUCCCUGUUCUUUGAAAUCAUAUGCUCCUGUAAUAAGUUGUAAGCAUUGAUGUUACUGCAUAGCAGUUUGUGCCCAUAAUUUUGUGAGAAUAUAAAACAAAGCGGGGUGUUUAGAGUUUUUUGCAGGUAGCAAGGAAGCCAGGCCAUUGGAAAUUUGCCCUUAAAUGUUUGGUGAAGUUGAAGAACAUCUGUUGUGGGCUGUGUUUGCUCCAUCUCAAAGCAUAUGUUUUAACGAUAUGUCUCUAGCCAAAUCCCUUAUACAGCAGUGUGUCUUGCAGACAAGGAGUUGAAAACUUUUUAGCCUUUCGGAACAAGAGGCCAGACAAUGUGGUGAACUGACAUGCAUUCAGGUCUGCAGAGUCUUGCUCAGAUGAGCAGCACGAAUAAUCAGUGAAGCAUUUUAGCUAUCUGAUUUGGAGAUGGCUUGAGAAGGCACUGACAGCAUAUAUGGAAAGCAAAACCAUUGCGCAAAACUUAGUCAAGUCAAUGAGGAUGUCAGAUAUUUUUGGAAUGCUAACUAAAACAGCUGAUCCAUUAUUUGCUUCUAUACUGAAAAUGUCUGGCAAAAAAGAAAAGUAGUACAUGUCUUUUGGAGUUUUGUUUCGCCAUCGAUCUGAGGAUCCUGCUGAUGCCAGUCUGAGCAUCUCACCUGAUUACUCCUAAAUGUGAGCUUGGAUUAGUGUAUGAUCUUUUGACUGUGCUACAGAGAUAGAGGAGGAAAAACAUCGCUUUUCUUCUGGAUGUAUUCACAGUGACCUCACUACAAGGUGCAUGAUACUUUGACUGUUUUUCAGAGGUUCAGUUCUUGGAGUCAUGCUGCUACUUGAGAGGUUCAGCUCUGAUUAAGAUCAGCAAUUUUCAUCCACUGGGUUAUAAAGAAAAUCAAUAGCCUAAAUGUUAAAUAAUGAGAUGGGAAAUAACUAUCCAACAGUGACUUUGCCUAGCUCAUAACUAUUGGAGCCCUUACUUCUGGUUCUUGAACGCUUAGGAUUGACAGGAUUGCAUUAAUCAAAAAAUAAAGAAAGAUCAGAGGUUAAAAAAAUAUGAAAGAGUGACUGGAUUGACUUGUGGAAGCUGCAAGAGAUGAAAGAACUCGAAACACCUGGGAGAGAACUGCACUUUGAGACAGUGCUGAGAAUUAACACGUCACACACUGGCUGCUGCAAAAACAGUUGCUGAUGCAGGAAGCUGCUCCCCCCAGGAUCUACCAUGACAAGAUAUGAAGUUUUAAAACACAGCCUGCAUAAAUGGAUGUCUGAAUUCAAGCACCUAAGCUCAUUUAGGCAUCCAAGCUAAUGGCCUGACUUCCCAAGAUGAUGAUGCAGUUUGGAGUUGUGGGUAAUCAGGGUUCAGAAAAUCGGGCCGCCUUCCUUAGAGGACUGCAGAUGGGCUGAAGUGCCUAGGGUUUGGCAACCAACUUUGAAAGGCUUGGCAGUGCUUUAAGCAGAAAGGACGUAUAGCAGCAUAUUUUUCUCAUGUUUUAGAUUAAGUUCAAAUCUGGCACUGAUUACGAGAGGGGAAUUAGUAUUCCUCAGUUUAAAACUAAGAUCAGGCUCUUAGUUUGACACAUUUGAUCUACUGACAUCUAAUGGCCUGACUCUGAUCUCCUACCAGUCUUAUUUUGUGUGACGUCAUUGACUUCCUCAGUAUGACUCCUGAUUUACACGAUCAUGAAAAGAAAAUUAGAACAUGAGGAUGCUCCUGCAGACUCUUACCAGUGGAUAGUGACCUUAGCCUUGCAAAGACUUAUGGACAUACCUGCUUUUAUAUACCAGUGGUCUUGAGCCAUUCUAGGACUGAGCCACUGGAUUUGCCAGCCUGAGUAGCAGACAUCAGUACUGCAAUCAGCAGGGUUUGUGGGAACCGGCCUUUUGACUGAAAUAACAAACCUGCACUUUUCAGUGCAGUCCAUAGUCUUGUUUCUGAUGGUGCCACAUAACUCUCAUUUUUGCUUUGUGGUCUAUAUGUGGGUUUUAUAUAGAAGAUUCUUCCUUUCAAACCUGAUUGUCAUCCUUCAUGUUUUUGCCCUGAAUAACAUAUGCAUUUAGGUAUUCAUUUCAUGUGUAAUCUCAGUUAAGUUAUGAUAUUUAUAUUGACAUAUGUAGUGUGUGAUAAUGAUUUUCGUUUACAUUCUGCCAAAAUGUAGACGUUAGAGUUAGACCUGCAAGGUCCAAAAUCAUCCCUGAGCAAAGCGCUUGUUUCUUCAGAGGCAAGCAUCAGAAAGAGGAAAAGCUGUCCAGAAGGAAAUAUUUGUAUCAGAAAUCUGCCAAGACAAGGCUGUAGAUCACAAGCAGAGCAUGUCAUUGCUAGUGAUGUAUUUUUAUGCUAUGGAACUCUAACCUGUAUGUGUCAUAUUGACUUUUUGCUGCAUGAAUCAUAAAUUAUAAAAAUCAGUCUUAUGGUUUUGAGAUGUAGCCAGCAUUUCUAAGGCUAAACCUUUUUCAUUGACAGAAUCAAAAUCCACAACCCAGGAACAUACUCCUCUCACUGUGAGAGCAAUUGAAGUGUUCAACAUUUACCUUUUCACAAAGGUAGAGACAACAGGACCUCUUAAUGUGUCUUGUUAUUGUGAUCAUCUGGAAAUGAUUGCCAGACGUUUCCUUUUGAUAUAGCAGUGAAGUGAUCCAUAUUUGAAUUUUAUAGAGAGAAAUUUUAUUCUAGUGUGAUAGAGAUUUAUUUUCCACUUAAAGAUUCAAAACAGUGUGAGCACAUUUUUUUACUAUGGUAUAUUUUUGCUUUAAAAUUAAAAACAAAAAAAAAGGUUUGGCCUUAUCACAAAGUUUUAGUGUGUCGUAUAGAUGUUAGCAAAUGCAAAAAGUAUGCAUUAUUUGUGUGUAUUCACAUUGACUGAUGUCGCCUUCAAAAAGCAAUAUUGUGCAGGUAAAAAGUUGUUUGUGACUGUCCAUUGCACAGUUUACCUUCUUUAAAAGCUAACCUUGUUUAUGCACAAGACAAUCAAAUGUAAGUCUACAUCAGCACCCGGGUGUAGAUUAAAUUUAUGUAAAUUACUGAGCACAAUGUAAAACAUUACAAGACACUUUAUUUAAUUAUACAAUUAAUGUUAGUAAAGAUAGUAUCAGGGCAUGAACUAGCUGACAUACUGUAAUUUCUUUUUCUCCUUUCCUAUUUCUGUAGCACUCUUCAGUUUUAAUUUGCUCAUAAAUACAUCAAAUUAGUCAUUCAUUAUUUUUUUGAAGAGCAGGGUGAUUUGGGUUUUUUUUGUUUGUUUUUAUGAAGUCAGUUGGGAGGACUUCUUUCUUUGUCUGUGAGGUUUGUGGGUUUUGCUUAUUUGGUUUAUUUUUUUUAUACCAGUUUCAUGCCCUGAGGUAAGGCAAACAUUACACAGUACAGUAAAAAACAAAGUACCUUGGAUGAUGUAUUUUUUUGCAAACAGUGUUAAGUGAUAUGCUAGAUUGGUAAUAUUUUUUCAGUCUAAAAUAUAUUAAAAAAGAAAUCCGUGAUCACAAAUGUUUUAAACUAUCUAAAGAGAAAAUUUGUAUAUUUGGGGGAAGAAAAUAAUUUUUACAUAGCUUUUGUAUGCAGAUAUUAAAAUGUAAUUAUGACUAUAGUGGGCAUAGAUAACUGUGUAAGCUUCAAUUCUAAAAAAAGAAAAAGCUUAUAACUGAAAA